AUGUCAGCUCUUUCAGUUCUUGUUAUAAAACUGAGCAUUGCCGUCUUCAGCACUCGUAUUUUUAUGGUCGCCUUAAAACCCUUGCAUCAACCACGCAUUGUUGCUGAGAUUCUUGGUGGAAUGUUGACGAGUACGAGUAAUUGGGGUAGAGUUGUACCAGCCGUAUUUCCUUACAGUACCGUGAAGAUUAUCGAGACCAUCGGAAACUUGGCCCUCGUUUACCACAUGUUCCUGGUGGGUUUAGAGCUUGAUUUAAAACCAGUUUUACGAGCUGGAAAGAAAGCUCUUAGCAUUGCGCUCGCCGGCAUUGUCUUUUCCGUCCUUGUUGGUUGGGCCUUAUGUCGAUAUGUGCUCCUCAAAGAUUUUGUCGAAGAAACAAAAGGCAAGGAUGGACAAAAAUUUCCCACUGUGAACGGCCCGUGGUUCUGGGGCGUUGCUCUUGCCACCACCAACUUCCCAGACCUUGCCCGAAUCCUCACAGACCUCAAACUUCUCUACUCUGCUGUCGGAGGACUUGCGUUAUCUGCCUCUGUUAUCUCCGACUUAUGCUCCUGGUUUCUUCUUUUGCUCGUAAUGGCCAUAGUCAACAACUUCCAGACAAUUUCGGUGGGACUCACCUUGCUUUUUAUAGGGCUAUGCAUUUUUAUCGUACGUCCUCUUCUGUCACAGAUUGUUGACCGAAUUCGUGACAAAGUACAAGACGAUGGCGACUACGGUCAACUUGAAUGCUUUGUUCUAGCCGGGGUGGUGCUUUGUGGGUACAUUACCGAUGCAUGUGGGUCUCAUUCUAUCGUAGGGUCUUUUAUGUUUGGAGCUAUCAUGCCUAGAGGAGAGUUUUCAAACAAUCUUAAUAAGAAGGUGGGAAGUUUUGUGCCUGGGAUUCUGUUGCCUCUCUACUUCUGUAUCAAUGGGAGUAGACUCAACUAUGUGGAUAUUCUCAGUUCCGUUUAUCCAUCGGAGAAAAAACUGGGACGGACAUAUAUCGUGUAG